GGGGUUCGUUCGGGCUAUCGGUGUUCCCUGGUUGGAGUUCCGGAGUUGCCCGGGUGAAACCGUUCCAAAAAUUUAUUAAUAAAGAUGUCAGAGAGGCGUGAGUAUGGCGCUGCCGCCGACCGACUGACGCUGGGAUUGGACGCCGGCCGGCCGCAGCUUGGCGCCCAGGUGCACCCGGCGCAGGCGUCCGUGGCGCGCAGCCAGCGGCUGGAGGCCGAGCUGCGCGGCGACUGGCUGCGCCGCGUGCAGGGCGUGCACGCGCCACUCCGCCAGCAGGCCGAGCUGCGCGCCGCCGGCCGCGUCGGCCGCCUGCCGUUCAUGCGCUCCUCGAACCUGAUGGCCGAUACGCUGACCGGCCGCGACGAGACGCUCGACUUCAGCGACUACCUCGGCGCCGUAGAGGGCUCCGAAGUGAUGGGACUCCCGCACGCCGUGGUGGAGAAGCAGCUGGGUCUACUGUGACGCGACCGGGAUCGGCCCCUCCAGUGACAGUGCUGUACACAAGUCGAGCUGGCUUGCCUCGGUCGGUCCGAGCGGACACGCUGCGCGUAUGCUGCGACAUGAGAUCUGCGCAUGUGAUGCCGUCUGUCGAUGAUCGCUUGGGUCGCAGGCCAAUGCAGGCGAAACACUCUCGUCAUACACAUCGUCUUCAGCCCAGCCAGCGUGUUUUGCCUGAUGCCGCGGGCCGGGCGUUGGUUCGAUCAGUAACACAUGGGGAGCAGGCUGUGCUACUGGGAUGGUGACGUGUGCUAUUGAUGAGAUACCAAUACC